UGAUCUUCCCACAAUGAAAGCUAUACUGUGUCUCGUAUUUCUCGGUUCAGCCCUUGCAGCGACCAGGUUGAGGAGGCAGGUGUACAACCAGGAUCCCAAGCAGGCGCCUAUUGUGGCUUACCAGAAUGAUGUCAGCUUCGAUGGAAACUACGUAUACAACUACCAAACUGGCAACGGAAUCUCAGCUCAAUCAGAAGGCUCACUGAAGAACCGAGGACAGAAGGAUCUUGAAGCACAAACCGCUCGAGGUAGCUACUCUUACACAGCUCCUGAUGGCCAGGUCUUCACUGUCAACUGGUACGCAGACGAGACCGGCUACCACGCAGAAGGUGCGCACUUGCCAACCCCUCCACCUGCGGCUGCUAGCAGCUUCAGGGGAUGAUAGCCGACACUUUGUUGUAAUAUUUAUUUAAAUAUAGUAUAAUUUUGUUAAC